CAAUUCUCAGCUGAACCGAUAUCAGGAUUGCUACCAUGGCGUCUCGAAAGGGUGCUUCGGCCUUGUGGUCAGUCAUCAGCCAUGCGAUGCGUGGAGCGUCUCUGACGCGCGGGGCCAGCGUCACCGGCACCGCGCCCGCUGCCCUCGGCGCGGCAGGGUGGCGUGCUGACGCGGGCGCCUCCACCAGCACCCGAAGUGAACCCGACGCCCGCAGCUUCUCCCAAUUUGCAUCCGACACAACAGCUAGUGCAGUCGCUAGUGCGACCACGGUCGCCUCGGUUGGCUGGUCGCUGCCAGGGCAGCUGCACCCGCACGUGCGCUGCUUCAGCGUCAGCCGCGGCUGUACUGCGGAUGCGGCGGGCGGCGCUGCCGGGGCCGGCGGCGGUGCUGGCGGCGGCGAGAAGCGCAUGUCUCUUGGGGAGGCGCUGAACACACUGGUGGAUGCGGCCAUUGAGAAGGUGGAGGCGGGUGACAUGGAUGAGGCCGUGUCGCUGUUGAAGGAGGGGCUCAACACCUUCGAGCCCAUGUUCCCAAACAGCCCGGAGCUGGGUGAGCUGCACAACCAGGCAGCGCUGCUGCUGCUGUUCCAGAACAAGGGCGAGGAGGCGGCGUACCACGCAGGGGUGAGCCUGGAGACCACUAAGCGCCACUUCGGUGCCAACAGCAUCCUGACAGGUCACCGGCUGCUGCGCCUGGGGGUGGCCAAAUUCGUGCAGGGCAAGAUGUCGGACGCGGCCGGGCUUCUUCGCGAGGCCUACGGCAUCUUCGGCGGCGGCGACGCCUCUCCCGCCUCUUCCUCCGCCACGCCUGCCGCCGCAUCCGCUGACCCCGGAUCGCGGGCCGAGGCUGGAUUCUAUCUGGAUUUGGUGGCGCUGGCGCACUGCCGGGAUGCGGGCGGCGUGAACGCACUCACGCCCAGCCUGCGAGCCAACCUGCGCGCGCUCAAGGAGGCUUACGGGCUGGAGAGCAUGAUCCUGUCGCUGGCGCUGGCGCAGCACAGCCGUCUGACGCAUGGCGGCCUGGACCAGGCGGACCUGGCGGUGGGCGAGGCGCUCAUGCUGCAGCACAUCGGGCUGCUCACGGACACGGUCGGGCCGGACGCGGAGGACGUGGCGGUGGCGCGCUACAAGCUGGCUACCUACUACUAUGCAAACGACAUGCUGCGUGACGCCGCGGCGGUCGUGAAGCAGGCGGCCAUGGCGCUGCGGGCGCACUACCCUGAGGAGCACGACAUGCUGGUGCUGUGCCGGCACCGGCUGGGCAUGAUUUGCGCGGCUCAGGGCGACCACCGCUCAGCCACGCAGCUGCUCACCGCAAGCCGCCAGCACUUCCUGGAGGGGGCGCAGCAGGGCCCCGCGGGGGCGGCGGAGGCAGCAGCAGGGGGCGCGGGCGAGGGGCAGGGACAGAACAUGCUGGCCAAGGAGGCGGACAUUGGGCUGGCCAUGGCGCGGUGCCGCGCGGUGGGCGGCCGCAGCCCGGAGCAGCAGGCGGAGGCGCUCGAGAGCCUGCGCAAGGAGGUGGAGGGGCUGGGCCGGGCCAUUGGCGAGGGGCACAUGCUGGUGCAGGGCGCCAGCCGGUACUACACGGCGCUGUCCAAGAUGUCGCGGUGAUAGAGGCGAUGGUGGGAAUGUGGGGAUGGAGGCGAUGGUGACGGGUGGGGAUGCUGGCGCGAGGGGACGCUGCUCAUUGUGGCAUGGUCAGGAGGUUACCGUUUAGGCAUGCGGUUAUGUUGACAAGGUUGCGGGGAGUCUGCGUUUGUACACGGGUGUUUGGGUCCGGGGUUUACCGGAGCAGGCUGUUGCUUUUGCGUGCCAUGUGGGCGUGUGGGGCUUGGAGCGCUGAUCGUGUGACGGGCGAACCUCUGGACCGUACUCAUACAUCCCAGCCGUACGGUUCGCAGGGUCCUGGAGGCGGAUCGUCACGCAUAGCCAUAAACUGCAUUGUUGUAGGCAUGCGUGGAAUUGGUUGUCUAAUGUGGAUUUCCGCGCUGCUGAGCGGGGGACAGGGGGCGGAAGAGCGGGCCCCAGGCGUGGAUCCCGGGGCGCAUGCUUUGCGAGGAACUGGGCCUUCCGCAACAGGCGCUUGUUGUAAAGAUAAUUGAGC